AUGUCAAACACUAACUGGAAUGCAAAUGUUUCUGGUGCACAGAAUCAAGGGCAAAAAACUGGAGAACAACUAAAACAAGAUGCUCAGCAAAAAGGAACUGAAUUGAAACAGCAAGCAGAACAAAAAGGUGCUGAAGUAAAAGAGAAGGCUGGCGCAGCUGCCGAUGCAGCUAAAGGAAAGGUUGAUGAAGUAAAAGAUGCUGCAAAUAAAAAAGCUGAUGAAUUAAAACCAAAAGUAAAUGAAAAAGUCGAACAAGCUAAAGAAACUGGCGCUCAAUUAGCUGAUAGUGCUUCAAAGAAAGCUGAUGAAGUUAAAGAUGCUGCUGAAAACACGACAAAUACUCUCCUUGGAACAGCUAUUCAUGCUAAAGAUGUUACAGUUGAAAAAGUUCAAGAACUUGGACAUA